GUUUAUAGGCCCAUUAGUGUUCAGGGUUUAGCGAAGAGUUUCUUCUCCGUUCCAAGUUUGGUGAAAUUUGGCGAAGCUUGAUCGGUAAAUUCAUCAGCUUUUCGGAUCGGAAUCUGUUCGCUGAUGCUUUGGUGAAAAUGGGGUUCGGAGCAAUCAGAUCGAUACUUCGACCAUUGUCGAGAACAUUAGUUUCGCGUGCGGCCGCCGCUAACUACUCGUCUGCGUCGAUUCAAGCUACGAAGCCCGAGUUAUGCUCAUUCUUCGGUGGAUCGACGACUCAUUUGAGGUUACCAUGGUUUCCAUUGACGAACCAUUUUCAUAGCUUAAGCUUAACUGAUACUCGGCUUCCGAAAAGACGACCCAUGACUCAUCCCAAGAGGAAAAGAUCCAAAUUGAAACCUCCAGGUCCUUAUGCAUAUGUUCAAUAUACACCUGGCGAGCCAAUUUCUUCAAACAAUCCUAAAAAGGGCAGUGUCAAGAGAAGGAAUGCGAAGAAGCGCAUAGGGCAGCGUCGUGCCUUUAUACUGUCUGAGAAAAAGAAGAGGCAAGCGCUGGUGCAAGAGGCAAAGAGGAAGAAGAGAAUCAAGCAAGUGGAACGCAAGAUGGCUGCUGUCGCAAGAGACCGAGCUUGGGCUGAAAGACUGACUGAACUUCAGCAGCUCGAAGAAGAGAAGAAGAAGUCAAUGUCUUCUUGAGAUUGCUUUCAUUGAAUCAAUAAUCCCAAAUGACAAUCUCUUUUUCUUGUCGUCAGUUAGAAUUACUCUUCUUUGUUGUGUUUGGCGUGUUCUCUUAAGAGUUAACUCCCCAUUUUGUCAGAAGAACUGAGAGUUACUUGACGUUUCUGUUCUUUAUAUUCAGUCAUGUGUUUCUUGUUGGUAGACAUCCUUUUACUUUAAGACAACUCACGAAACUGAAACUCAA